AGGUUUCUUCUGGGAGCUUUCAUAAAGAGAAGGCAGAGCAAUAGUCUUGCAUGUCGACUGGAGGAAGAGAUAAGCACUGCCUAUCCAAGGAGCGGAGCUGCCUGCCAUCUUCUGCACCCUACAAAAUCACAGAGGCUGCAGGUGUGAAGGUGUCCACCUUUGGUCACCGGGGCUGCCAGACCUACGAGGAUGACUUCCAACGGAUACGAUGUCCUCCAGGUGACAGCUGGCCCCAGGAACCAUUUUGUCCUCGGCAGCAUGGUCAGAAAGGGCUCUGGGACGUUUCAUCCACCCUGAUUAGAGAUGAAACUCAUCAGGGCAAAGACUGUUUUCUUACUACGAGCUUCUUGCCUAGCACUGGGAGCCUUUCACUCGUUUGGGAAAUACAGGAAAUCACCAGUGAAUCACAAAGUUCACACUGGAAGGAGCUCUAGGAGAGGCUGUGGGCCGCCGGAGCCUGUGCUCCCCGGCAGCAAGGAUCGCACGGCGGAGGACGAGGAAGGCGUGCUGUUGCGAAGGCCAGGUCUGGUCCGAGCUGCCCCCACACUGCAAAGUUUUCGUGGGGGGACCCGUCUCCCGGCGUCUCAGAGCGGGAGGGCAAAGACAAACAUCCCAGAGAGCUAAAGCCACGGGGAAAGUUUUAACCCGCAGAACAGCUCAUCGUCUUUUCCAGCGCAAACACCUGAGCGCCCACGUCGAGCCCAGCGGCAGGCAGCGCGCCGGACCCCGUCGCCUCCGCGGCAGGUACCGCCGCACCGGCCGGACGCCGGCGGCCGUCAGCGUCUCCCCGGGGCUUGGCUUGGCGGCGCCGGGACGCCGCGGUGACACGCGCACGGGCUGCGCCGAGGGAUGUUUGAAAAUUAAUUGCAGUUUUGGAAGUGGCUCUCAACAUUUUUAAACCUGACUGAAUUAGCAAAAUGCCUGCUUCAGCUCCAGGACUGUGGAACUGCCUCCCAGAAGAAAUCCUCAUUCAGAUUUUCUACUAUCUUUCUCUUCGAGAUAGAUAUACAGUCUUCCAGGUGUGUCGACAGUGGGCUACAGCUGUUUCUUCUAGCUCUGUUUGGCAUUUCACAGAGAUCAGCUGUGAUUUAGAGGAUGAGGAGGGCAUGCUGCAGAGCCUCCUGCAGUUCCUGAGCCAAAUCAAACACCUGAAGCUUGUGUUUGACCAGUCCAAGGAGAUCAACCGGAAAAAUGUCAAACGUGUCUUAGAUGUGUUGGCAAAACAGAACCACAAACUGCAGCAACUGUGCAUUGUGUGCCAUGGGGAAAACCCCUACUUCUACUCUGGCCAAGACAUCCUGCAGAGCAUACGGCAUAUAUGCGACGCUAAGAACCAGACAGAUCUUCAGCAUAUCGAUUUUCGAGAAAUGCCCUUUACGCUUGAUGAUGAACUUGUUGAACUCCUAGCCACCGCCAACCCAAACUUACGCAGUUUGUUCAUCAACAACCGCACCCUGGUAUGCAACGUGGCACCUGAUACCAUUAGGAAAGUUCUCAGAGCGUGUCCCAAACUCUCGACCUUGGGGGUUUACUAUGCCAGCUUGUCUGACGAUGUUUUUCUGGACCUGAUCAAGCCAGAAAGAGCACCUUUCCUCAAUUUAGACAUUUUCUGUGAGCGCCUGGACAAAUAUAUCCCAGUCAUCUCAGAAGAGCUCUGGGCUGCUGUAAGGCAAAAGCAUCCUCAGCUCUGCGUAGACCUAGAGUUUGAUCAUACAGUCCCUGCCUUGAAAAUACCACAGAUCCUAAAGCUGAAUAUACCUGUGAGCACACUGCAACUUAAUACCUGUACUUACAUGGUCAAUCAGAUUAGGUUUGUCACCCAGAGCUACAGCAGCACUUUAAAGAAGCUGACACUACAAACCACAUCUUCAGAGGACUUAAAUGCCUCGCUAAUAGAUCUCGCUAGGAAGUGCAGAAAUCUACUGGAGAUCCACUGCUACUGUGUGGUCAGCCAGGACGUGGUAGAAGCGUUCCUCACACACUGCCCCAGUCUGAAACAAUACACGCUCAAGAUCAUCAAGGAACGGCACCCCUGGAAACCAGUAAUAGUUCAGUGACUGGUCCCUCCUGACUUCCUGGGGAAAUCGGGUGCAUCUGCACGAGUACAGUGAGGGAAGAUUUAGAGAUACAAGAAAAAUGCUGCAAAAUUCCUGCUGCUGCUCACUUAGAGUGUGCUACCUUACCAGCCUUGGCUGUUAAAUGUGGUGAUCACUUGUUCCGGAGACUAAGCAUUCACAUGCAAGUGUGAUAGACAAAGGGUUAUACAGAGAAAUUGCCUUUUUUCUUGUAUUUGGAUGGUAUGGAGGGCAGGCCUUUUUUCCCCUCUGCUUCUUUAUUUAGCAACUUCAGGAAUGCCAAGUUUACUGUUCAUGCAUUUUUACUGAGGACCUCAGCAAAAUUUAAUUGUGAUUUUGCACUGUAAGAGAACCCCAAUGAAAAGCACGCUGUGUCAUGAUCGCAGCAACUACUUGUGUAGGCAGUGAAGGAAGUGGCGGCUUCAGUGUUGCCGCUGUUCUUUAUCCAGUGUGGUACUUAGCCGUGCAAGUUAAAUGAGUUGAGCAAAGAACUGCGGUCAUCUGAUGGAAAAUCCACUCUUACCUUGAUAAUUCCUCUUUUGGCAUUUCUGCACUGCUAUGAGUUCACCUGUUAUCUGGUUGGCAGGAAACCUCCACUGUGGAAGGAUCUAAACAGGACCUGAAUUAUGAUAUAAAAUACAGGCAGGAGAAAAAUCGCUUAAUGAAAACAAUUGACAAGGCUGUUAUAAAGGAUAUGUGGCCUUCUUAUUCCCUUGUCCCUCCUUUCUUUCAACAGAAAGCAGGUUUCCAGGUUGUAAUUUGAAUGCCUUUUGCAAAGACCUUUGCUUUCAGUACGUUGUUAGCAUUUCUUAGGAAAAAAGAGUGCUAACACUUUUUGCAUAUGACCUUACACUCAGUGGCAAACUGCAAAGGUAUCUAGCAUCUGAAUUAGCGCACGUGUGUGUUGGUCUGUUGUGCCAAAAAUUUUGGUGAAUGCUAUUUGCAGAGCACUUUCUGAGCUGAAAUAAUCCUGGCAUCAAGCUACAUUGCAAGCACUGAUUUAGAACUAUAAAAAGCAUUUUGAAUAAUAAUAAUAAUUAUAAUAAAAGUAUAUUGACAUCUGGA